AAGCCUGCUCGUUUGAAGCCUGCUCGUUGACAGCCUACUGUCUGUCAAUCAUGGCUGCGAUGGAUCUCGAGCGUAAAGUCUCAAUUCGCAAGUCUCUCGAUCAGAGGACUGCUGAAGAGACGGCUAUUGGCGAUAUCGAUGUCGUGCUCGACCCUAUCAAAGAGAAGAAGCUUCUCAUGAAGCUGGACAUGGCCUUUGUGCCGAUUAUCAUGUUGACCUAUCUAUCAUGCUUCCUCGACCGAAGUAACAUCGGAAAUGUCAAAGUCGCCGGCAUGCCGCAAGACAUCGGCGCCUCCGACAGCGAAUACUCCACCGCCGUCUCCAUCUUCUACGCCACCUAUGUGCUCCUCGAAGCCCCGUGGGCCGUGGCCAUGAAACGUCUCACCCCCCGCAACAUUCUCACCGGCCUCUGCAUCAUCUGGUCCAUCACCACCGUCUUCACCGGCUUCAUCCACAACGUGGCCUCCCUCUACGCCACCCGAUUGAUCCUCGGCGGCUGCGAAGCCGGUCUCUUCCCAUGCCUCAACCUCUACCUCACCAUGGUCUACCGUCGCGAAGAACAAGCCAAACGCGUCUCCUACCUAAUGAGCUGCGCCGCGAUCUCCGGUGCCGUUGGCGGCCUCCUCGCCUACGGUUUAUUACAAAUGGACGGCAUCGGCGGAAAAGCCGGCUGGAGAUGGGUCUACAUAAUCGAAGGCCUCUUCAGCCUCAUCUGCGCAAUCCUCAUCUGGUUCGGUCUCCCCAACGACCCGAGCAACGCAUACUUCCUCACCGACGAUGAAAAAGGCAUGAUGCGCAUCCGCAACGACCAACGCCGGAAAUACAUGGGCAGUGAGCAGUUCAGCUGGGAGGAGAUGCAUAUCGCGUUGCGGGAUCCCAAGUUACUAUUCAGCGCUGUUACCCAGUUCUGUCAGGAUAUUCUCCUCUAUGGGUUUAGUACUUUUCUCCCCACCAUUCUGGAGAGUCUCGGGUAUGAUAGUCUUAUGAGUAAUGUGCUCACGGUGCCGGUGUAUAUUUGGGCCGCGGCGGUGUUUAUUGCUGUUGCGGUGUGGGCGGAUCGUGUAGGGAGGUUUUCCAUUUUCAUCCUCAUCACCAACAUCUUCGGCAUCCUCGGCUACAUCCUCCUCCUCAGCGUCCCCUCCAACCCCAUCAAAUACUUCGCCACGUACCUCUGCGGCAUCGCCGUCUACACCGGCGUCGGCCUCAACGUCGCCUGGCUGAACGUCAACGUGGCGCCGCAAUACCGUCGCGCCCUCGCCAUCGGUCUCCAACAAACCAUUGGCAAUUGUGCGGGCAUUGUGGCGGGUCAGGUGUAUCGUACGUCGCCGUAUGUGCUCGGGAAUGGGUUUAGUUUGGGGGCGUUGGUGGUCGCGCAGGUGGUCGUGGCGUCGCAUGCGGUGUAUUUGAGACGGGAGAAUGUGGUCAAAGAGGGGGUUUUGGCGGGGGGAGUGGAUACGCGCCGUGUGCGGACGGGCGAUGGGGAGGUGGAGUUUAGGUAUCAUAUUUAGCUACUACAUAGGACUUAAGAUCUGUUCUUUUGUUUGCUGGGCU